AUGAAGGCCGGGAUUCUCGCCCAUCUCGUGGUGGUGGUCGCCGAGGAGGCCGUGGAGGAUCACCUGGCCGGCAUCGGUCCCGUCUCAGACGUCCACCUGGCUUUUGACCGCGCUGGCCGCUCUGAGGGUGUUGCCUUCAUCACCUACACCUUUCUCAAAGACGCCCACACAUCUCUUCGAGAAUUCGACGGUGCCAACGCCAAAGGCCAACCCAUCCGUCUCUCUCUAGUCCAAGGCCGCCGUGAGCGUGCCGACCGCAACGAUCGCAAUGACCGUAGCGGCCGCAGUGGUCGCUCUUCUCUUUUCGACCGCGUGGAGCGCCCCCGCGAUGAUCGCAGUCUGAGUCCUACAAGCGACCGUGCCAACGAAGAUGGUGCCCACCGACGCCGUGGUGCCGGUAGCCGUAUGCGUCGCAGCGAUGUGUCAAAGCCUGCUCCGGAGAACAUCGACCGUUAUGUUCCUGGUUCACGCUCUCCCCGCCGCAAUGGUGGCGGCCGUGGUGGCCGUGGACGCGAUCGCCAGCGCAACACAGAGAAUGGAGGACGUCGUUCGGGAGCUCGCCCACACAAAACACAGGAGGAACUUGAUCAGGAAAUGGAUGAUUACUGGGGAGGCAACAACGGCGAUAAACAACCUGAUCAACAGCAGCAAGACCCCGUCGUCGCUCCAGUCGUUACCGUCACCGCUACGGAUGAUGAUAUCGACAUGAUCGAGUAA